AAGACACUGGUUAGGUGCAAAACCAUAUUUCUGUUUAUUGUUAAGACCUGUGGUAAAAGCCAAAACUCAUAUCGUGAAUUGAAAAUUAAAAAUGAAACUUCUAACGCAUAACUUCUUGACGUCAAAAUGUCUGAAACGUGUAAAUGUUGGUUUUCCAUUGGGUAUCGUGGUAAAGGAAGUACAGGAAGUAAAAGUUGAUUUCAAUGCUGAUUUUAUUUCAAAAAUGAUUCCUAAAUUAGACUGGGAUGUAGUUUAUACUGCUGCUAACACUGUAGGUCUUGGAUGUGCAAAUGAGAUACCAAAAUCGGUAUCACCAAAUUUUGAAAAUGAUGAAGAAUUCUUAAGGAAAGCUCAUCAUGUUUUAUUAGAAGUAGAACUCAUGUCAGGAGAAUUGGUAUGUCCGGAAACUGGAGUUAAAUUCCCUGUCAGCAAUGGAAUACCAAAUAUGCUGGCAAAUGAAGAUGAAGUUUAAAAUCUACUUUGAAACUGAAUUUAAAAUUUUGUAUUUCAAUUAUUGAAUUUGAAAUUUUAUAUUAAUAAUCAAGUUAAAUUUCAUUUCUAUUCAUCACAGCAUUUAUAAAUACAUUAACAUAUUUUUAAGUCAUAUUUUUUCUUUUAUGUAGUCUUUUGUUGAUCAUACAGCAUGGAUUUUCUUAAUAGUUUAAAAGCUACUAAAUUUUCUUUCAAAUGUUCUUAAGAUAUUCCAUGUUAGAAAAAUAAACUAUAUUCAGAAAACUUUAGUUUUCUAACAUUGAA